UUUUUUUUUAGCUGCUGAUAAAGAAUUUACUUUCCGCAACAAGCCACGCUGCCUGUCUAAAUAUAUUUUUUUUCUCUUUCUCGAAACGCGCGCGCUCUCUUUUAUUUACUUUUCUUCUUUAAUAUGCCUGCCACACUUCGUAUCCCUGAAAAGACAGGAAAUGAAAUCCUCUUAGUUCACAAGUUGACUAAGUCUGACGCCCAAAUCGAAACGGGUUCCGAACUUGUUUUUGAAGUUGCUGAAGCCAAAUACGAUGCUCCUAAUACAAUUAUCAAGCAACUUGUCAGCCAAUCAAAGUCUGAAUUACUCGGUAAGGAUAAGGCCGAACAAGCUCAAGUUGAGGAAUGGUUGUCUUUCACAAACCAAUCCCUCAGAGGCGUUGGUAAGAAGGAACUUGUAUCCAACAUUGAAAAAAAAAUCAAUGAUCAUUUAAGCAACCACACUUACUUUGUCAACAACCAUUUGACCAUUGUUGAUAUUGUCAUUUUCGGUCUUUUGUAUGCUCACCAUAAAAACAUCAAGGUUCAAUCUGCUCCCAACACCUUACGUUGGUUUGAUCUUAUUCAAAACACAGUGAUUAAGACCAAUGAGUUAACUCAAGAUUUCCCCUUGGUUGAAAUCAACUUGGAUGACGUCCCCGAACCUGCUGCUCCCGUUGUUGCUAAAAAGGAAAAGAAGGGCGAUGCUAAGACUGACACUAAGGCUGAGGAUAAGAAGGCCAAAAAAGAAAACAAGAAGGACGAAAAGAAGCCUGAAGACAAAAAGGCUGCUGCCCCUGUUGAAGGUGGUAAGCCCAAGAAGGAGAAGAAGAAGGCUGAAAAGAAGCCUGCUCCUGCUCCUGUUGAGACAGAUCAACCUGUUGUUUCUCGUAUUGAUAUUCGUGUUGGUUACAUCAAAUCUUGUAAGAAGCAUGAAGGUGCUGACUCCCUUUACGUUGAAGAAAUCGAUGUUGGAGAAGAAGAACCUCGUACCAUUGUCUCUGGUCUUGUUCGUUGGUACCCUGUUGAACAAAUGGAAAACCGUUACGUGCUUGUGUUGGCCAACUUGAAGCCUGCCAGUAUGCGUGGUAUCAAGUCUUAUGGUAUGGUCUUGUGUGCUUCUGCUGCUGAUGGUUCUGCUGUUGAAUUGUUGGGUCCCGUUGAUACUUCCAAGGUUAAGCCUGGUGAUAGAGUGUAUGUUGAAGGUCAAGAAGGCGAACCUGAAAAGGUCUUGAACCCCAAGAAGAAGUAUUGGGAAACUGUUCAACCUGAAUUACACACAGAUGAUAACCUUAUUGCCCACUAUGGUGACAAGCCUCUUCUUAUUAAGACUGCUUCUGGAGAAGCUAUUCAAUGUAAGGUAGCUUCUGUUAAGAAUGGUGGUAUUAAAUAAAGCGUUUAUGUGUACGUAUCAUUUUCCCAAUUCAAUAUUCUUCUUUUUUUUGUGUCAGUCUUACUUUACAAGAGAGACGCUUCGCGCCUGUCCCAAUCA